CUGCAGGUUUGUUUUUUUUCCAGAAAACUUUCUACUAGUAAUAUUCAUUUUUAAUUUGAGAUUUUACCUCGCUUACCUCUGUUAGAUGACACAUGGGAAUGAAUGCUCCCAGAGACUGUAUUGAAUGGGGAAGUCGACUGAGGGGGUAAUGCCCUUCUCUCAUCUUGGUGCUACUUCUCUCUUACUGGAUUCUUUCUGACAGCUGCCACUGGGCAGCCUUGGCCAGGAGAUAAAGACAUCUUUUGGAUGUCAGAGAUUUAUGACUUUAUAUUUUUAAUAAUUUUUUUUAAAGUUUUGUCUUUGGAAACUGUAACUUCCUAUAUCAAAUACUAAAUUCUUAAAAAGAAUUGGAAAGUCAGUUAUUUAGAAUUUAGAGGUAACUGUGCAUUUAAGGACAUAUUAUAUCGUUAAGUAAUUUUUCAUAGGUAAUUUGCCUUUUUCAUUCUCAUUCUCUCAUGACUGUAUAGUGGAUUUUUCUCACGUCUCUGUGACAUAGUGACAUUCUCUGAUGGUUAAUGGAGUGUGUGCUUAUAUUUUUUAUGUUUUCUAGAAUUUUGUAAAUUGGUAGGUAUUGGCAGAAUUGGCGAAAAAAUUUAACUUAUCUUUAAAAUUUUCUAUUUAGAAGUCCACAGACAAACUUUUGAGAUGCUAUAACUCUAAAGAAAAUACAAUUUUCUGCUGUUGUAGAAGAGAGAAUAACAGUUUUGAUAUAGAACCUUUAUGAAAGAGCAAGAAUGGCAGAAAGCAAAUAAUUUUGGGUGGAGAUAUAAGAAUUUUUUACGAUUCAGGGUCCCCUCUCAGUGAAUAAUGGGGUAAGUGUUGGAGGAUUUGCUACUACGUUUAUAAUCAGAUCUACCUUAAUAUUACCACUUUGCAAAUCAUUCUGCAUUGAAAUAGAGUUAAAUUGUGCUUACUAUAACUCCAGCCGUUUUUUUAGGCACUGAGUUUGCCCUCAAUUCCUGGAAGAGGGGAAAAAGACUCUCUCACUACAAUUAUUACACAAGAUCUGUGUUGUUAUAUUAGGAAUUUUGUCAUGGAGAAUAAUUUUGAUUUUUUUUUGAGGCGGCACAGAUGGACUUUAUAUCCAUGAUAGAGACAUGAAACAUGUUACUCACAAGAGUUAUCUUUUAAGUGAAUUUCAGAGUUUACUUCCUAGGACAUUGAUGAGAAUCCAGCUUCAUAAUGACAGAAAGCUUUGUUCAGUUUUGCACUUGCACUACACUGUGCUCGUUCCCUGGAGCCUAAGGGAACAUGAUGGCACCAGAGGCCACUGAGUUGAAAAACACCUCUUGGAUUCCACCUUGAUGCCUACAGGGAGCAUGGAUAUACAAGUCCAAGGAUGCUAUAGGUAUGAUGAUGUCAAACGUGAUGCUGAUGGUACAGUCACAGACACGGCCCCUGCUGGCGCAGCCUCUCUGAUUCUCCCUCUCCCCGCGCUGGGCUUUUUCAGACAAGUGCAUCUCCUAACCAGGUCACAUUUCAGCCGCGACCCACUAUCCAUCCGUCUGUCACCGGAGUCAGACCGAAGGAGAAGGGCUGAGGAAGACGACAGCGUUUGCUUUGCCAACUGUGGCGUGGGAGGAAGGACAUUAAAAUACUGCAGAAGUCAAGACCCCCCAGGUCGAACCCAGACCAGGAUGCAUGCCCCAGGCUGCGGACCGCUGGCACUGCCGCUGCUGCUCCUCGCCGCGGCCGCCCUGGCUGAAGGCGACGCCAAAGGGCUCAAAGAGAGCGAGACCCCCGGCAAUUUCAUGGAGGACGAGCAAUGGCUGUCGUCCAUCUCUCAGUACAGCGGCAAGAUCAAGCACUGGAACCGCUUCCGAGAUGAGGUGGAGGAUGACUACAUCAAGAGCUGGGAGGAUAAUCAGCAAGGAGAUGAAGCCCUAGACACCACCAAGGACCCCUGCCAGAAGGUGAAGUGCAGCCAUCACAAAGUGUGCAUUGCCCAGGGUUACCAGCGGGCCAUGUGCAUCAGCCGCAAGAAGCUGGAGCACAGGAUCAAGCAGCCUGCCCUGAAACUCCAUGGAAACAGGGACACCAUCUGCAAGCCCUGUCACAUGGCCCAGCUGGCCUCGGUCUGUGGCUCUGAUGGCCAUACUUACAGCUCCACGUGUAAGCUGGAGCAGCAGGCGUGCCUGAGCAGCAAGCAGCUGAUGGUGAAAUGUGAGGGCCCCUGCCCCUGCCCCACAGAACAGACUGUCACCUCCACCACCGAUGGCAAACCAGAGACCUGCACAGGUCAGGACCUGGCUGACCUGGGGGAUCGGCUGCGGGACUGGUUCCAGCUCCUCCAUGAGAACUCCAAGCAGAACGGCUCAACCAGCAGUGGAGCCAGCCCAGCCAGUGGCCUGGACAAGAGCCUGGGGGCCAGCUGCAAAGACUCUAUUGGCUGGAUGUUCUCCAAGCUGGACACCAGUGCCGAUCUCUUCCUGGACCAGACAGAGCUGGCCGCCAUCAAUCUGGACAAGUACGAGGUCUGCAUCCGCCCUUUCUUCAACUCCUGUGACACCUACAAGGACGGCCGUGUCUCCACCGCUGAGUGGUGCUUCUGCUUCUGGAGGGAGAAACCCCCCUGCCUGGUGGAGCUAGAGCGCAUCCAGAUCCAGGAGGCUGCUAAGAAGAAGCCAGGAGUCUUCAUCCCGAGCUGUGAUGAGGAUGGCUACUACCGGAAGAUGCAGUGUGACCAGAGCAGUGGUGACUGCUGGUGUGUGGACCAGCUGGGCCUGGAGCUGACCGGCACCCGCACACACGGGAGCCCUGACUGUGAUGACAUCGUGGGCUUCUCAGGGGACUUUGGGAGCGGAGUUGGCUGGGAGGACGAGGAGGAGAAGGAGACGGAGGAAGCGGGUGAGGAGGCUGAGGAGGAGGAGGGCGAGGCAGGCGAGGCGGACGACGGAGGCUACAUCUGGUAGACGGCCCUCGGGGGGCCAUGCCAGGCCAGGGGGCUGCAGCCGGGGGACGGGCCAGCAGAGACCUGGACAGAAGCAGGCAGCUUACGAAUGGAUUCAGAAAAUACAGUUGGAAGGACUCUGGCUCCAACAGGGAGGACUGGAAGUGUGAGUGUGCAUGGCACUUGUGUGACCAGGAGUGUGUGUGUGUGUGUGUGUGUGUGUGUGUGUGUAGGGAGCUCUGACAAAUGUGUCCUUGGUCCACACUGCCCUUAGCAGAGUGAGUCACUCAAGGGCCCCUUUGGCCUUCUUGUUGUUUUCUUUCCAUUUGUUGGUUUUAAAAUACACAUGUUCACACAUGUAUAUCCACUGCAAGGUGAAAAUUGAUUAAAUGAGAUGCCCCCCUAGCUACUUCCCCUAGCUGCAUCCAGGCCUGCCCUAAUACCCCUGUCCUGAUUUGCUACUCUCGGCCGGCCUUGCCUCUUCCUGCCCCUGCCUGCCCUUCUUCCUCCCUCUUCUGGGGUCAAUCUCUGGCCUGUGGGCACGUCUCUAUCUCUGAGAAGGGAGGGCAAGUAGCUGUCUGCUGGCUGGGGGCCCUCCCAAAGCUGGGCUGACUUGGUUGUGAAAGGCCCACCAGCCUCUGGUGAGAUGGCUGUGCACACCCACCACAGCAAGCUCUUUUCUUUUGCUGGACUCCCCAGCACUAGAGAAACUGUCCUAAUAUACACCAGUGUGACUGGCGAUGGCCAAGAGGGAGCUCGGGGCACAAGCUGAGAAGCAGGGCAAGGCCUUGCCACACCGCCUGUGGGUGGAGUGGGGUGUGGAGGAGAGUCUGCCAUUGCAAAUCUAGGUAGAGCUCUUAGGGGUGGAGGCAGGGCACCCUUGAAUACCAGACCAGGAACAGUCUAGCCUCUUUCUGUGGGUCUCAGGUAGGGCUGUUCCCUUGGAGGCAGUGGGUAGUUAUGCAGGUGAGCUCUGCCUGGCCACAUGGGGUGCCGCACCUGCCCGUCUCCCCUGCUGGAGUCCUCUGGUCCACUCUGGGAGCCUGAGCAUUCAGCAGCAGGUAAAGAACCUGGGCCUUGACUAGGGUGUGCGUGUGCGCCCACCUCCUCCCUGACCCCUUAAUAAGUGCUCCAGUGCUUAAUAAAUGCUCCACCCAGGCCUAUGGAAAUGGUUGUCCCUUAGACUCUGUAGAGGAGGAACAGUGGAAACCUGAAACCUUCCUGACCUCGGAGACGUGACCUUUCUCCAUCUCUCCUCCAGGGGAGGCACUUUUGUGCCAUGGGCCAUUUCCAACCACACUCCCCUCAGCCGCUGGGGUUUUCUUUGUCCCUUCUGAGGGUCCCCUAGGGCUACUGUAGUGGAGGGGCUUCUCUAAGCUCUGAAGUAUUCUGGAGUUGUGAAAAGUCAGAGGGGAUAGGACUGGGGCAGCCAGCCCCUGAGGCCACACCUCACUGUUCCCCAAAUCUUUACCAGGCGGAAGCUGGUGUAGGUGAAAAGGUACCCAUGCUCUCCUACCCCCACCCCAAUCUGUCCAGUUCUCCCUGUUGAAGCAAAUACCUUAACAGCACUGGUGAAGCAUUUCUUACACAGACGCAGGCCACAGCUGCCCUUUGGCACAUGCUGAGUUCAGUGUGAGUGUGUGUAUGUGUGUGUGUGUGUGUGAGUGUUUGCACGUGCACUUGAGUGUGAGCCUAAGGUCCAUCCCUGGGGGCCUAGGAUGGUUGGAGGGGCACUCUGCAUUGGCAGAGUUUGGGGUCCACAUGGCGAGGUUCCUGUGAGAGGCUCCGGCCUAGCUCUCCCCGGCUUCUGCAGCAUCCGCUGUUCUGUUGAACUUUGUGGAAGAACCUCGCCUAGUCCGCCCCUUAACUCCACUCUGGAAUCCACAGCUUCCAAUUCCUCUCUUGGAGGAACUAAUGAAACUCCAGUUAGCUCCAUAAACUGCUUCUCAUUCUGCAGCACAAUUCUGACCAUUAAGGUGACGCGCUGUCCCAGAUCCCCCGUGUCCCGCCUCCCCACGCUCCCCUUCCCUGUCUUCCCGCCUCCUCCCUCUGGUCUCCGGCUCAGUUCAGUUCAGUUCAGGGAAAUGUCGUUCAUGUCAGCCCUCUGCUCUCUGAGCAGCCGCUUCUCUCACUCGGAGCUAACUUGAAACUCCCUGCUCUUGCUAGGAUUGAAAUCUGUCUCUUCCCUCUGCCCCAGCUCAGACUUCUGGAAUGUCCUCCUGGGGCGGCAGCUGAGGAUCCUGGGGCGUUCCGGGGUGGGAGGACAGGGAGGAAGGGGCACCCCUCUCCUCUCACUGUUACCCUCCUCUCCCAGGGGUGCACGUUUUUACGACCUUGUAAAUAUGUUGUAGAAAGAAAGCAAAAGGCCUUGAAGUGGACCCUGGUGGGACUCGGCUCCAGCCUUGCCCUGCCUCUGAAGCCCCCACGUUGCUUUUCAUCCCACUCUUUGAGACAGAGGUUCCCCCAAACCAGACAAAGCAGCUUGUACCCAGCAGGCCGAAGGCCUCCAAGCAACUUCUCAUCAGAGAAGCAGCAGGCUUCCUCGUGAGCAAGGCUGCAGGGUGGUCCUUCCUCAGCUCCUCAGAUCUGUGCCCUUCACUAAGUUGCCUGCCACCCAGGCCCUCCCAUGCCCCUCUACUUAGAUGUCCUCUCUCCAUCCUGCCCCCGUUCCCCUGGCUUAGGCAGGCAGCCAAAUUAGGGCUGCAUUGAAAAGAGCUCAACCAAAAAUUUAAAAGAACAGUUUCUUGCCUGGCUCUGGAGCUGCCCAAGGCCUCCUUACCCAUGGGUGCUGGGAGAGAUGGGUGUGUCUGAGAUGGGGCAGGUUGGAGUUGGAGAGAACAAAUGUGCCUUGAGAGACCACUCAGAGAGGGUCCAGGGGUGAUGGGGGAGGAGAUGUGGUAUGGAGCUCAGGAAGGAAGGAGAGGGAGGUGAUGCUAAUGAGAGGGAUGGGGCGUCCGUCAUGACUGCUGGGGCUGUGACCACAUGGAGUCAGUGGUCAUCCUUCCCUCCUCAUGCCAGCCUGCCUGGUUUUAGUGGGCAGGCCACCUACUCAGCCUUUCAUGAGCUCCAUCUGCUUCCAAUUCACCUAUGAGUGGGUGAGUUCAUUGGGAUCAACAUGGGAACCCUCCAUUUCACCAAAGCCUCACCUUCAGCCCUUGGGGAGAAUGAAUGGCUAAUCCAUUGACACCUGGCAUCAUCAUGAGGCUGUGGGCUGGCAGGGAUCGAAGGGAAGAGCCACUGGGGGUGCAAAAGGGGACUCGAGGCAUCCCAAGGAAGUCCCAAACAGAGCAAACUGCUUUAUAGCCUGAAGCUACUUAAACUGUGUCAUGUGCAAUAACUGAGCUUAGAGUUAAGAAUUGUGUUCAAGUACUUGGAUUUCCGUCUGUAUAUUUUAAGUGCUGAAAUUGUAUCUCUCAGUAAUUUUAGAUGUCUUUAAAAAAAAAUCGAAAAAGUGUUAGACCGUGUGUGUGCAUUGAUGGGCACUCAAGCGUCCCAUGGAUCACCCCACCCUCUCCCUUUACCCUGUGCCCCCCACCCCUCACACCCCUCACACCCCAGCCCCCGCCUCCACUUGGGGACCCUGCCUCCUGUUGUCUUUAUCUGCCUAUUACUCAGCCUAAGGAAACCAGUACACUCCACACAUGCAUAAAGGAAAUCAAAUGUUAUUUUUAAGAAAAUGGAAAAUAAAAACUUUAUAAACACCA